AUGAAGGCUGGGAGAGGUGAGGAAGCUGCUGAUGAGAAAUUCGAAGCUAGCAGAGGGUGGUUUCAAAGGUUUAAAGAUAGAAGCCAACUUCAUAACAUUAAAGUGCAGAGUGAAGCAGCUAGUGCAGAUACAGAAUCUGCAGAGAGGUAUCCACAUGAGCUAGCUACGAUAAUCGAAGUGGGUGGAUACACUAAACAACAGAUUUUUAAUGUAGUUGAAACUGCAUUAUAUUGGAAAAAGAUGCCAUCCAGGACUUACAUUGCCAAAGAAGAGAAGUCAAUGCCUGGAUUCAAAGCUGCAAAAGACAGGCUAACACUCUUGAUAGGGGCUAAUGCAGCUGGUGAUUGUAAGUUGAAGCCCAUGCUCAUUUACCACGCCGAGAAUCCUAGGGCACUAAAGAAUUAUGGAAAAGCUAGCCUACCAGUUUGCUAUAAAUUCAAUGCCAGAGCAUGGAUGACUGAAGCUUACUGCAAGGAAAAGAAGAUUCCUUUCAAGAUUUUACUUCUUUCUGAUAAUGACCCAGGACAUCCUGGAGCUCUGAUUGGCAUGUGCAAUCCUGAGAUAAAUGUUGUUUUCCUGCCUGCAAAUACAACUUCAUUACUGCAGCCUAUGGACCAAGGUGUAAUUGCUAACUUUAAAAUGUAUUAUGAAAGGAGAACUUUCGCUAAGACUAUAAAUGCCUUCAACAGUGAUACACAGCAGCAUCAAAAGAAAAUAAAUUAA